CGAGGACCGAGGAGAGAGGCCGUAUACAAAUAGAGCUCUGGCCUCGGAUGGAGAGAUGCAGAACAUGAGGGAAAACGUAGGUCCGACACAGAGACCUGACAGCAGCGUCCCUCAUCGCCAGGGCCACACACACACACCUGCGGGCGGCAAGAGAACGAAACAUGAAAAAGAUAUACAUUGGAAAAACGGCGCUCAAGUCCACGCGGAAUGGUUCUAAGCACCAGAAACGAAGCUCUCUGCAGGAGCAUAAAGAGGACCUGCGCAAGCGGCUUAACUACACCACCCACAAGCUGGAGCAGCUGGAGACGGAGUUCGACUCCACGCGCCAGUACCUGGAGACGGAGCUGCGUCGAGCUCAGGAGGAGCUGGAGAAGUUUACAGACAAGCUCCGCAGGAUCCAGAGCAGCUAUGCAGCCUUACAGCGGAUCAACCAGGACCUGGAGGAGAAGGUCCGCCACACGAAUCAACACCAUGAGGAGGAGAAGAGGGCCCUCAGUCGCGAGAUCAUCGUCCUCAACAAUCACCUGAUGGAAGCCAAAAUCACCAUUGAGAAGCUCAGAGAAGACAAUGGGCUGUACCGCAAGGACUGCAACCUGGCCGCUCAGCUUCUCCAGUGUGGAAAAUCCCAUUACCGAUCGCACAAGCUAUCAGAGCUCCCAGUUGACUUCCAGGAGCGCCUGAGUUCGCACAUGGAGAAACACAGCCGCGGGCGGACGGUGGCGUUGUGCCCCUCCCCUUACUCAGAUGCUUCGGUGCCCGUCUCAGUCAUCGGCAAGGUUCUGGAGAAGCCAGAGCCUGGAAGCAGCUGCCCAGUGACGCGGUCGCCGAGCCCGCAGCCGCAGGACACAGACUUCUACGGCUCCGCCGGUGACGGUGUUGGGGGCAGUACUGGAGCAAGGGGACGAGAGGGGAGAGGAGGAGGAGGAGGAGGGGAGCACCUUCACCGCCGUGCGGCGUACAAAACGUCGGACCUGUACUGCAGCGACACGGCGCUGUACUGCCCGACGAUGGACGACCGUCGGCGUGAGCGCUGGCAGGAGCGGCGGCAGAGUGUGGACGUGCACGGCAACGAGCCCCCAGGCCUGCAGCAGCUGCUGCACACGCAGAACUCCACGGACAGCAACCCCGACGAGGACGACGGCAGCCUGAGCGCCGGGGUCAGCGUGGGCGUGGGGAUAGGCGUGGGCAUGGCCGGGUUCCACCCGGGCUUCCAGCACCACCACUCCUCCUCAGCCUCCUUCCACGACUUCGCCACAGCCGGCUCGCUGCCGGCAUCCAGCUCCUACUCAAGCUUCAGCGCCGCUUCGGACGAGAAGAUAGCCAGUGUCGGGGGCAGGGGGGGCCUGGGCGGCACGCUGUCCUCCUCCCAGCAGGUGCUCUACCGCGACUGGCGGGAAGACGGGAGCAUGGACUACGAGCGCAAGAGCACGUCGUCGUACGAGAAGGACAGCCCAGGCUUCCCCAAGUCCCGUAGCUUCCAGCACAUGGCGCACCACAGCGGCAGCCCACAGAAUGGCGGCAUCAGCGGCGCUCCCGCCUCGUCUGGCUACACGCGCACGCAGUCCUGCUUCAGCGAGCCAUACCACUCGCCGCACCUGCCGUCCCGCAACGCCAGAGGCUCAUCGGCGUCAGGGGGCGCGCUCCACCGAGAUGGCCGCGGGAGUGCCAACGUCGGGGUGGACGUCCACGCAGCUGAGGACGAUCUGACUGGCCGCUGGCGCCAGCUGAGCGUGGACGAGCUCAACGCCUACUCGUACCGCAGCCCGGGUGGAGGCGGUGGAGGGGCCGCGAGCGGCCGAGUUUCGCCCUACAGCUUCUCGGAGCGUCACUUCGCCAUGGGCCCCACCAAGAUCAAGGUGGGGCCUCUCUACAGCAGCUUCCAGGAAGGGGACGACACCGUCUUCCACGGCCGCAUGCUGGACCCGUGCUUCUCUCAUGCCGCUGCCGCCGCUGCGGCUAGUCCGAGCCCGAGCCCCAAGCUGCCCCACCGUAGACAAGAGAAGGGUGCCCUCUACAGGGCAUCGAAAGACGAUAGCCAAGAGUCCGAGGGCAGCAUCUUCCACUCCGGCGGCUCGAAGGACAAAGGUGGAACCCCCAGGAGUGUCAAGAAGGAGUACGUGGACAUGAGUCUGAACAGCUCGGCCGAGUCUCUGCACCAAAGCCCCCACGAUGCCUCAGCCUCCUCCUCCAGUGUGCAGCAUUAUCAAAGGGAACCUCCUCCCCACCCACCCCCCUCUGGACCCCCCCAGCGGCACACGCCUACACAGUACCAAAAAUUUGGCAACACAGGACUCAGCCGAAAAGACAGUCUGACUAAAGCUCAGUUGUAUGGGACGCUGCUGAACUGACCAGAGAAGUGUUUCUGAGGACGUGAACAUAGGAGUCUGUUGAGAUUGCCCUAGCUCGGCUAAUUUUGGUUUGGUAAUACUGUUGAUGAUUUCUCUUGGUUGUGGUUUGGUAUUAUUAAGGUUAACAAGGCUCACUACUGUACGUCACUGCUCAUUAAGGGCCCUGUAUGUUGUUGAUGGCUAUGAAGGAAUUCAGUAUCUGACAGACAAAUCAUCCGCACACAGUUAGCUUUCAAACAAUUCCACCCUUCCACCCACAUACCUUAUAUUUAAAAUGUUACCUUUCCACACAUAUUCAAAUAUUGACGUAGGUUUUUCCCAUCCAUUGUUCUGGCCUGCUACCCACUAACUUAAGUAAGUAUAAGUAUAAGUAUAUAUACUCCCGUGAGGGAA